AUGUCGAAUUCCACCGCAGCCCCGACGCCGGGCAACCCCAUCGUUUACCUCGACAUCUCCUUCGCCAACUCUCCCGCUCCCUCUCGCACAGGCGCCAACCGAAUCGUCCUCGAGCUCUACAAGCACCUCGUCCCACGCACCGCCGAGAACUUCCGCUACCUAUGCACCAACUCGGACAACAAAACCGCUUCCACCGGUCAACCGCUCUCGUUCAAGAACUCGGUCUUCCACCGAGUCAUUCCUAAGUUCAUGAUCCAAGGUGGUGAUUUUACCCGCGGAGACGGCACCGGUGGUGAAAGCAUCUACGGCGAGAAGUUCGAGGAUGAAGAUUUAACCGGCAGACACGACCGACCUUUUUUGCUUAGUAUGGCGAAUGCUGGACCCAACACCAACGGAUCUCAGUUCUUCAUUACAACAGUGCCAACUCCGCAUCUGGACGGCAAGCACGUUGUGUUCGGAAGGGUGUUGAAGGGAAAGGAUGUGGUGAGGAAGAUCGAGGCCACGGAGACGGAGAGUAAUGAUAGGCCGUUGAACGAGGUCAAGAUUGCUGAUUGUGGGGAGCUUGAGGAAGGAAGCGAGGAGGUCAGGAGCGGUAAAUUUGGGAUUGAGGCUGAUGGAACGGGCGAUGUUUACGAAGAAUACCCAGAGGACCAGGAUGAGAAGCUCGAAUCCGACUUAGCAGCCACCCUGAAGAUCGCGACGGAGCUCAAGGGCGUAGCCAACAAGCAGUUCUCCGCCUCCAACUUCCCACUCGCUCUCGAAAAGUAUUUGAAAGCCCUUCGCUACCUCCAACUCCACCCGGUCCUCCCUGACGACACUCCAGAAGCGACCGCUACAGAAUGGAAGGCCCUCAAAACCUCCGUCCAACUCAACGCCUCUCUCGCAGCACUCAAAGUCACUCCUCCCCAACCAAAAGUCGCCAUCGCACAGACAACAGCAGUCGUCCAGAACCUUGCCGAGAACAAAACCGCCUGGGAUUCGGACGAAGAAGCAGCGAAGAAGUCUACAGCUGACCUUGCGAAGGCUUACUACAGAAGAGCGCUAGGCUACGUGGCGAUCAAGGACGAAGAAAGGGCAGAAACAGACUUGAAGCGUGCUGAUGAGCUUACGAAAGGAGGAGAUGCGGGUGUCAAGAAGGAGUUGCACGCUUUGCAGAAGAGGAGGGAGGCGAAGGUAAAGGCUCAGCGCGCUGCGUAUAGCAAGAUGUUCUCGUGA